AUGUAUACCCUCGACACAGUACCAUCAGAGAUUCGUCUCAAGAUAUUCGAGCAGUUCAUGCAAGGUGCGGCAUGCACCUUAGUGCUCUACGUACAGCCUCCAUGCCCCAGUCAUCACCGCCCUGCGAGCGACACGAAAGAUGUCGUCAAGAAGGAGAGCAACCUGUUGGUUGUCUUUCACUCGAAAGGCCAGUCUCUCAGAGUUGUCAAAUCGCUGGUGUUCUACAAAGAAGCCUUCCACGGUAAUCUGCUAGCCAGCAACCGCAAGAUUCGUAUUGAAUUCUUGGGCUACCUGGGCAGAGAUCUCCAUCUGGUUGUUGCACCUGCUAGCGCUAAGGGGACCACGUUUACCGGCUGCGACAACUGUUGCCCCAUCGAUAGCUUCUCCGGCCUGGUACACGAGCCCUUGAGAGGCCUGGUCAAGACAAUAGCAGUCGGCAAGUUUAAUGGUCUCGUCCCACUGCGAGCUGCGAUACCCCAUGGCUUUCCGACGCUUCGCAAAGUCGUACUACCACCUCUGCGUCUGGGUCUAGAUGUCAUUGGAGUCGAUCUCCAUGCAUACGCUUCUACAUCGGCACUCACCUUGCCCGAGAUCGUGGUGGGACCCCUCAAGCAAGCCCGUGAGUCCAGAGCUGCUGAGAGUCUCUCCAACUGGCUGCGCCGCUAUGAGCUAUCGCAGAACAAGGGCAAUGCGACGGUGUGGGAGAUGCAUGGAAUAGCCGGCACGGUCGAGUUACUCUUCGGAAUGAAGCGUCCCAGAUAUGUCAGAGACUAUUCGGAAGCCAUUAUUGGCGAUUUGGCCGAAUUCUCGAUGAAGAAGCAGACAGAUGGCGUCCUAUCGUUUUCCUUCGAACUGAGAGACGUGUUCGGCGAAGCUCGUCGGAAAGGGUACGAGGACCCUUUACAGUUCUACCGAAUAGAGUAUUAA